AUGACUAAAACCAGUGAGAUAAACGAGGCCCCAGAGGUCGUGGAGAUGGAUGUGGUGAAGGAGCAGAUGAACUACGACCUCAUCGAUCGUGAAGUUGCCGAGUAUGCAAACGCGACGAUUGUGGAGGUCGAUGAAGCCACGAAUCGUCGGCUCAAAAAAUUGAUUGAUAAGCGUGUGAUGGUAGUCAUGGUUGUCACCUACCUCAUCCAGACUUUGGACAAAGGAACCAUGUCUUAUGCGUCGAUUAUGGGAAUUCAAGAAGAUGCCCACUUGGUGGGCCAACAGUACUCGUGGAUGACGACGAUCCUAUACAUGAUCAUUUUAGUAGUGGAAUUUCCGGAAAAUUGGAUCAUCCAGCGAGUCCCGAUUGCCAAGUGGCUAUCGGGUAAUAUUAUAUUGUGGGGUGUGACCCUUUCUCUUCAGGCUGCAAUGAAGAAUUUCAAAGGCCUUAUUGCGCUUCGAGCCUUCCUAGGUGUGUUUGAAGCUGUCAGCCAACCAGCGUUCACUUUGUUGUCGUCUAUCUGGUACACACGAGAGGAGCAGGGUGGAGCUGUCACAUUCUGGUUCAUGAUGAAUGGAUUGAAUCAAAUUCUCGGUGGCCUUUUGGCAUUCUGUUUCUCGUUCAUUCCGAGCACUUCUCCGAUCAGCUCGUGGCAAGCUCUUUUCAUGGCAUAUGGUAUCAUGACAGUCUUCUGGGGUGCAUUUGUUGGCUGGUGGAUGCCUGACUCUCCCAUGAGAGCACACUGCUUUACUGAGAGUGACAAGCAUCUUAUGGUCGAACGUGUACGUCGCAACCGUACCGGCUUGCAAAAUCGCAAAUUCCGCAAGGAACAGGCGUGGGAAGUUGUCAAGGAUCCCCAAGUUUAUGCCAUCGCACUUAUCCAGCUUUUGCUCACUAUUCCCUCUGGUGGACUCGGUGCAUUCAACAACAUUAUUGUCAAGUCAUUCGGCUUCACCACUUGGCAAACCCAGCUGCUUCAGAUGGUCUCCGGUGUCGUCCAACUCACGGCCAUGCUGAGUGCUGUCUGGAUUGAAAGACGUUACAAGCAGACCAUAUUCGUCAUGAUGGCCUCGAUCGUACCUACAAUCGCCGGCGUCAUCGUCCUUUUAACUGUUCCCUUUUCGCACGACAAGCGUGUCGGCCUUCUUUUCGCUUACUAUAUCAUGAUCGCUUACUGGGGAUGUGCUGGUCUCGCCCUUUCCAUCGUGACACGUAAUGUUGCCGGUCAGACCAAAAAGAGUAUAGUCAUCGCCUGCAAUUUCGUUUUUUGGGCUGUCGGAAAUGCUAUUGGUCCGCAGACCUUCCAGUCAAAGGAUGCGCCACGCUAUUUCCCAGCACUGGCAGCGGUGUUGGGUUGUUUUGUGCUCUUGGAGGUUGUUCUCCUUUCGCUACGCACUUGGUACAUCACUGAAAACAAGAAACGCGACCGGAAAGUUGAGCAAGGAGAGGUGGCCGCCGACACAGCAUUUGCUCACUCGUUCGAAGAUAUUACUGACCGGGAGAACCCGAACUUCCGUUACAUCUACUGA